AAAAAAACAAUGACGUUCGUUUGAUCCGUGCGAUCGAGAGAGAAAAACGUUUUUGCGCGCUUUGUCGGGAAAAAUUCGGAAAAUGUUGGAGCUCGUGGAUCGCAAAGCAGGCGGGAUCUCGUGGCCUACGUGUCGCGCUUCGAAUCUCGACUCCUUCGGGAAAAAUACGAAGGGAAGAAGCGCGCUCCUCGCGAGGAAGGUCCGCACGAGCGAGAAACAAUGGAGACGAGACAGCAAGGGUUUGCUCUGCUCUCUGGGCUAUCUCGGCUGCGACGAUUCCUACAGUCCGGACACGUUGGGAACGUGGAAAUUUCAUAAGGUGUCGUGCUCGAGCCAUGAGGGAAUGAGCACUGGAGCGGGAGAUGGAGGUGGAGGAAGCGUCGGAGGUGUCCAGAGCAGCGGCGGUGGUAGGAACACACCGCCGCACGGCUCGCCCACCCCCAUGGACAAGGCAACCUUAAAAGUCCAUCUUCCCAACGGUGGGUUCAACGUUGUCAAGUUCGGCGACGCCAUCGACGUGAAAGGCAUUAUUUCUCUGGUAACUAGUCGACUGGCCGUUGGCACCAGACACUAUCGGAACCUUUACGCAAUGAGACUUCAUCAUCCCGGAUCCGGAGAGAGUUAUUGGUUGCAUCAGGACACAACAAUGUAUCAGGUGCAAGAGAAGUACGAGCGGAAGCAUCCGCACUGCGAAUGGAGGUACGAGCUUCGCGUACGUUAUCUUCCUCAAAAUCUGAACGAUCUCUACGAGAAGGACAAGGUCACGUUUUAUUAUUAUUACGAUCAGGUUCGGAACGAUUACCUGCAGGCGAAUCACUCCGCUCUUGAUCAGGAAGUGGCGGUUCAGCUCUGCUGCCUGGAGAUUCGCUAUUUCUUCAAGGACAUGCCGCAAAUCGCUUUGGACAAGAAAAGCAAUUUGGAAUACCUGGAGCGCGAGGUCGGUUUGCACAAGUUCCUGCCGCGCUCCGUGUUGAACGGAAUGAAACCGAAAGCGCUCAGGAAAUUGAUACAACAGCACUUCAAGAAGGUUGCGGCGCUCACCGAGCUCGAGUGUAUGUUCAAAUUCUUCGAUCUGUUGCGCGCGUACUACCGAUUCGAUCAGGAGAGGUUCAUUUGCGCCUUGGGGUCAAGUUGGUCCAUACCCGUGGAACUGGUUAUCGGACCGGACUUGGGUAUAUCUUACAUGGCUCAUCGGGUCGGAACAGUGCCGACGAGAAUGGCCGAGUUCUCGCAGAUACAGUCUAUUCAGACGUUGGUGUCGGACUGCAAAGAGCACGCGAAAGCGUGCAUUAAGUUGAGGGUAGCCGGCGCGGCGGAGACUCUCAGCAUCACGUGUUCUAGUCUGGAUCAGGCGGAGAGUCUCGCUGAUCUGAUCGACGGAUACUGCAGGCUGGUUACGGGCAGCAACACCUCUUUGUGGAACAGAAAAGCUGGAUCGUGGAAGAAUUAUCCUUGUCCGUGCAAAGACGCGCAACCGCCGAAGUACAGACAAGACGGUGCGGGCAGUCCGGAACGUGGAGAAAAGAACGCGGGCAAAACCGGGACUAUCUUGUCCGAGGAUUAUGCGGAGAUUGUCGAUGAAGAGGGAGAUUAUUCAACGCCAGCUACUCGAGACUACGAGAUAGUCCGAAAUCAAGUGGAACUAGGGGAAAUUAUAGGAGAAGGUCAAUUCGGUAACGUUCACAAGGGAUCUUACAAGGGUAGGGACGGUCAGACCAUCGCCGUUGCCGUUAAGACCUGCAAGGUCGACGCCGAUCUCGCCACCGCCGAGAAGUUCCUCGAAGAAGCUUAUAUUAUGCAGCAGUUCGAGCAUCCGCACAUCAUCAGGUUGAUCGGAGUUUGUUCGGAGGCGCCGAUUUGGCUCGUGAUGGAAUUGGCCAGACUCGGAGAGAUGCGCGCUUAUCUACAGUCAAACAAACAUCGUUUAGAUCUCGCCACACUUUUGUUGUACACCUUCCAAUUGAGCACUGCCUUGUCGUACCUUGAAAGCAAGAAAUUUGUACACAGAGACAUCGCUGCGAGAAACGUGCUGGUCUCGUCGCACACCUGCGUCAAAUUAGCGGAUUUUGGCCUUAGCAGAUGGGUGGAGGAUCAAAGUUAUUACACCGCGAGCAAGUGUAAACUGCCAAUCAAGUGGAUGGCGCCGGAGAGUAUAAACUUUCGAAGAUUCACCACUUCGUCUGACGUUUGGAUGUUCGGUGUGUGCAUGUGGGAGAUUUUAAUGUUAGGCGUAAAACCAUUCCAAGGUGUGAAGAAUAACGAAGUGAUACGCAAGCUUGAGAACGGAGAAAGACUCGCGCUUCCGAAUCAUUGCCCGCCGCGAUUGUACUCCCUGAUGUCUCUGUGCUGGAGUUACGAGCCCAGCAAGAGACCGACGUUCAAGGAGAUUAGAGAAACUUUGCACGAGAUUUUGUUGGAAGAAAAGCAUCAGCAGCAAGAAACUAUGAGACGAGAAAACAGAAGAGUGCAAGCCAUGUCCUGGGGUACAGACGAUGUGCCGCCACCGAAGCCUUCCCGGCAGCCGCAAAACACGACGGAGCAAUCACUGCUGUCCGCAGCGCCGGUCUCCACGUACAUCGUAGCGCAGAGUCCCGAGGUUCUCGCGCAACUUCUCAAGGACAAUCAAGCCAGAGGGGUAUGUCCCUCCGUGUACACAACACCCGCGUCUCCUUUCAACACGCUUGCGGUACAGUUCCAGGACGAGGAUCAGGUUCUGACCACCGCCCUCGUGUCCGAUCUGCCCUUUUUCGAUCCCGCGCUUUCCGAACCGCCGUCCCUCGUCAUGCACGACACCAAUCAGUCGGGCGGCGAUUCCAUUAUGUCCGAUGCCACUCUAGACUCCCUCGAUUCCAACGACACUCCUCUCAUGUCGAGCCUCAGCAUUUCAGACACGGCAGCGCAGACCCAGUCGCCCGCCGUCAACCGAAAGCAGCAGAAGGUUAAAGAGAUGCAAAACUUGUACGCGGUUAGCUCGAAGGUGAUGAGUAACGUAACCGGGGGGGAUCUGUACUCCCCAGUGCAGAAAUUCUCCGUGUCCAACGCCGUGUCGAUGUCUACCGCGGCCGCGCCCGCCACGGUUGCAGGCGGCGAGAUAUACGGACCGGUCGCUAGUUUCACCCAGAGUUCAGCUAUUGUUGGUAAUCUUAGUCAGAGCGCUAGUAUAGGCGGUAAUUACGGCGAAAAUCCCGGGAACUUCGGUCCUAGUAGUUUGACCGGAAGCGUAAUAAUAUCAGAUAGCAAUAGUCAAACGCAAUUAUUCACUGGGGGUAGCUCGCACGCUCAAAGCCAACCGAUUAAUCAUGGUAACUUUGCGUCUACUAACAAUACAAGCCAGGUGUUUGCUAGUGGUGGUGGUGGUGGUGGUGGUGGUGGUGGUGGUGCUGGUGGAGGUGGUGCUGCUGCUGCUGCUGCUGUUCAGAAUGCAAAUAGCGCGCAAAGUGCUGGCGUUAGUGGUGGUAGCGGUAACGUUGUUUACGCUCGCAACGUCAGCUCGACGAAUCCCGCUGGUACCGCGUCCAACGCGGAAUGUUUGUACGGUCCGGUUCUCAAGUUCCGCGCGCAAACUGCUCAGCAGCCACAGACCGCGGUAUCAACCGAUUUGAAGACCGCCAACGCGAUGGCCGGAUUUUACGGCCAAGCUGGCAGAAACAAUCUGCCUGCUGUGGUUCAAAAUAUACAAUCGCAACCGAUGUAUCCGCAAAAUUACCCGCAUCAACAGAUCUACUCGAACAUCGCUCAGCCGGGACAGGCCAUGUACGUGUCGCAGAUGCAACACGUGCAGAACGUCGCGCGACAAAACGCCGUAUCCCAAGCCGUGACCUACGCGGUCAUACACCAUACGAGUCAGCAGCAGUCUCAAUCGAGUAGCGUGAAUCCGAUUUACACAGCUCACGCGACUUCGGUGUCGGUGGUUCAAGCGCAAAAGGUGCACGUUCCGAAUUACGCUCAGCAGCAGGCUCAGUCUGCGAUCGGCAGCCAGUCGAUGAUGUGCCAGGUAACCGGCGCGAAUCAAGCGGCGAGUGUCGGAGUUAUACAAGCCUCCGUUCCGUCACAGCACUUUGUCACAGCGUCUUCCGCGAUUCAGCAGCAGAAUAUUCAUACGACCGGUUACAUAACGGACCAGCAACAACCGAGUUCUCUUCGUCCGUUAGAUCAGGUGCACGUCGGCAAUAUAAUGACAAACGUUGCCGGUGCGCAUCAGCAACAGCAACAGCAGCAGCCUCAGAUGGCCAGUAGUGUCGCGAAGACAGGAAACAUGCCGCAAAUGGUGACGGGCGUCGCUAAGAUCACCAUGUUCACGACGCCCCAAAAGCAAGAAGAACAGUUGACGAGCUCGACAGACGGCACUCUCUCCGGCUCGCUCAUCUCUUCCGCAGUUAGCGACAGCACCAUGUCGUCUAGUAGCUCAAUGACGGAGGAGGCACAACAAGAUCAGAGGAACAUGCAUUCGCAGUUGUUCGACAAUCCAACGUCUGACAAUUUCAACAGUGGCAUUGACGACGAGCAGAAGUUGCUGGAGCAACGGUUAUUGGAGCAGCAACGCCAGUCCGAAGAAGACAGUCGUUGGCUCGCGAGAGAAGAGAAACGUCUGUCGAUCGCAACGAGCGGCGAUGAAAGCGCUAGUCCCCCGGUUCCGCGAUCGGUUACGCAGUCACCGAGUCACGAAGCUCACUCCGCCAAUACCGGCUCUCUCGGUUCUGACAAGAGUUCCGAGAAGAUAAUUGUAGUAAAGAAAAUGGAACCUACACCCACCGCGGAUUUGGACAGAACCAACGAUAAAGUAUAUGACUGCACGACGAGUGUUGUUCGCGCAAUUAUGUCACUGUCACAAGGUGUUCAACAGAGCAAGGCUGAUCAGUAUUUAGAACUAGUACGUAGAGUAGGUAUCGAAUUAAGAUCAUUACUGUCUUCUGUGGAUGUUCUCGUGGAGAUAUUGCCGAUAUCCGCGCAUCGCGAGGUCGAGAUGGCGCAUAAGGUGUUAAGCAAGGAUAUGGCGGAACUCGUGACCGCCAUGAAACUGGCGCAAAAUUACAGCGCCACCACAUUGGACGCUGAAUACCGAAAGGGAAUGCUUUCUGCGGCUCAUAUAUUGGCAAUGGACGCAAAGAAUCUCUUGGACGUGAUCGACUCGAUUCGUAUACGUUAUCCGUACGUGGACAGUCAGAUUUGCCAACGGCAGAGCGACGUGAGCAGAACGCGAGAAUCUACGCCCGAGAAUCGCAUUCGUUCGAGUCAAUCGGGAGAGCACUUUCUAAGGAGAAGUCAGUCGACCGAACGACAAGAAACGACCUUCAGACAAAGCCAAAGCGGUGACCUGCUCCACAGAAUGGGUCAGUCGGCGGAUCGAUCUUCGCAAGGAAGUCUGUCCGACCUCAGCAGCAGCUUGGAGAGAAGACACAACAUGGUAACCAACAGUCUCGAACGUAACUCAACAGCGAGGCGACAAAUGGUCACCAACAGUCUCGAAAGGAAGAGACCCUCAUUGACCUGUAGCCCGGGACCUAUGAAUAAUUCCGUUAAUUUGCCGCCGAUGGUGCCGGUAACUUGCAAUUUGGUUCAGACCGCGAGUCCCGUUAUACAUCCGAGCCAGUCGGUUUCCACGGGUGUCAAUCAGCAAACGGUGUUUGCAACCAACAGCAAAGCCACGUGCGAGACCCCGACAACAAAUGACAGCUAACAAUGAGGUGCCUUGAACUGAGGACUACUUCGGAGAGAUUACCCCGCUUGUGUACAUAGAACAACAUCCUAUCAAGUUACCCGUGUAUACACCUACACGAAUACAUCAACAAUCUGAGAUCUGGUAUUUGUGUGCUUUUUAGCUCUUUUUAAACAUUCAAACACGCAGACACUUUAUAUAUAUACAUAUAUCUAAGCGUACUUAUAGAUAGGACAGUAUUCAUUAGUUUGUAGCGGCAAUAGGAGGAUUUAUGAGAGUCACAGCUAUAACAUAAAAUAAAAACCACAACUCCAAAGCUUUAGGAUUACUAUUUGUUACGCGCGUAAUAAGAGAGGAAAGACGCCAGAGUUUUUACGGUUUUGUGUCCGCAACUGUAGAUGAUAAUACGUAAGGUACGUUUUUACAUUCGUCAAUAUUACUUAAGUGUGAGAAAAAAAAAAAAAAAAAGAUUUUAUUUUUUAUUUUCGUUGUUCGAUAUUUUUUGCUUCGAAACUGCGAUGUGAAAUUUUUUUGCGCUCUUAAGCAAAUUUUGAUAUUUCUGUCAUCUUGAAUCGUCGGCUGACACGCGAUUGCGAUUUUAGAUAAUUGCGUAUUAUUAUAAAAUUGUGUACGUUCACGAACACGCGCGCAAUAUUGUUUUUCCGUUCGGAAAAAAAAAUAUUGUGCGCGCACGUAAGGAUUUUUUGUUUUUUUGUUUUUUUUUUAGAUCGUAACCCGACAACGUUGGUUUUUUUUUACCGCGAGUUCGCAAAUUUAUAUAGUCUAUUUCUUGAAACGUGUAGAAGUGCUGCGGCAAGUUAUAGUGUAAAAAAAAAAAAAAAAAACAAAAAACAAAAAAAAACCAUGGACUGAAUGUUAUUUCUAUUAUAGAUAAUUAUUUAAACAAUUCACACCGGUUUGCAAGAUUCACACGAUUUGUACAAGAGAUGUUUUUUAUAUAAAAAAAAAAAAAAAAA